AUGGCCACUUUGAAAAUAAACGGCUCACGUGUUAUACAGAGUAGUUGUCUGCAACUUUCGCUUGGAUCAAGUUAGCACAAGUGCCAAGUAGCACAAAAGUUCAUUUGUACGUAUAUUAUAGAAAUAAACUUUGACUGAUGGUACAACGGUUACAUGUUCUUAUUGAUUGUUAAAUGUUGAUUUUAAGUCUUUUUUUUUUUUUAAAUCUUCUGUGUGAAUUAACGCGGUAGAAAAAUAUAUCGCUGUUUUAGAGUUUAUUUAUUAGUCUAAAAAUACAGUAAAUUUAAUCGUCGAAAUUACAUUACAUGUGUAUGUUUGUGAUUUGAUCAGGUUUUAAAAAAAAACAUACUCACUGUCUGAAAGUCUUGAGAUAUUUCUUUAUUCUUAAUAUUCAUGGCAGAUGAUAAUUUCUUUAUAAAGAAUUAUUUUCCUAUAAAGAUCUUGUAAAGUAUUACUUGAUUAUUCCAAUUUUGAAACAAAUGGUAAAAUUCGUUCUGAGACUUUUCAGCGCGAGUGUACAUUAUAAAAUUGAUCGAUUAACUUUUAUCGUGAUUGAAAUACUAUUAUUACAAACAGUUAAAUAGUUGGUACAGUAUAAAAAGUAUUAAUAAUAAUUACAGAAAUGUGAAUUAAAUGUAACGUGAAUUAUAAACGAUGUAUGAAUGUAUCAUUUCACACGUUCAAUUUUAAAAUAUGCCCUGAAAUAGCACGAGUAUGCCUUCGUAACGUUAACACGUUCUUUUAAAAAAAAAGUCUUGGACUUUCUAUAAUCUUCUACGCUAGAAUCGAGAUCCCAGAAGUAAAAACACUGAGAAGUAGAAACACGAAAGAAGACGAAAUAAGAGAUGAAAAGAGGAAUGAAAUCAAAGUAGGAGGAAGAGAAAAUCGAAGCUCGAGGUUAAACCGAGCGAGACGAAACGAAGGGAAGGAAUGGAGCGGAGGAUCAGGAACGUUAAAGAACGAGCCCGAGCAUCCCCUUUUGCAUCUACUUUCGUGUUUACACGUAUCCUGCAGCCCAUAAAUAAGCUGGUGCGGUGUUGGACACGGUCGCUCGCGCACGGGGAAAACUUGACUAAUUGCGAGAAAUCUCUCUGACAUCUCUGCCUGUUCCUUUCCGUCGUGAUAUCCUUCUCCGUUGCCCCGUGUGUUUCCUCCGAAACCGCUCUCCAACCAUCGCCACGCCGGCUCUUUUUCCGCCUCUCGCGUGCCGAUCUUCCUUCUGUCCCUCUGUAAUGCACCUACGACACACAUCCCGCGGUUUUUCCUCGGCCGUUCAUCAUCCCCGGGACUAAUCUCUUCUACUUGAGCUCCGCUGACGCGUCGUUUGUCUUCCUUUUGCUCUAUACCUAUAUAUACGUUCAGCCACGGGCCAGCCAUCAGCUUCUCCCUGAACAUAUACCGGCAGUGAAAUCUCUCUCCGAAAGAUCCUUUUAAUUCGUUCGUUGCUUCCUUCCUUUCCGCGAUCUUCUCUCACGCAGCUUCAAACAAAUUGUAACAACUUACCGUUGUUAUAUGUGUAUGAUAGCUUAUCCUUUUUAAAUUUAGUCGAUCUUCACUAGAAUGGCUUCAUAACUAUCCUCCAUUUUGAUCAUACAGUAAGUGAAAUUUCAAGAAAUUAAAAAUACUUUCAAUACUUAAUUCAAUUUAAUAUGGCAGAAUGGUGCUUUGAAUUUAAGAUUCAAGAAUAAAAUUUAAAUUUUUGUUAAAAAUUUAUAUAUAUUCCAAGAUUCAAACUCAUUCUAUUCAGAUAACUUAAUUUCAUUUCAUAACUUUGUAAUAAUAUUUAUCGUUAUAAUCACUUCAUUGACACUAUUUUUUAUUAUUGACUUUAUAACAAAUAGCUGCUUAAACUUAAACCUACUAAAAAAAUCAUACAAUUGAGAUCGUGAUGGACUAUUAUACCUAGAAUAAUUUUUUCAACUAUUUGCUAUCCAGCUCUAAAAAUUCUAUACUUUAUUGACGAAAUAAUAAAUCCUUAUUUUUCAAUUAAGGCUAUUGGACAUCAAUGAUCUUAUGAAUAUCUUGAAUUCAGUGUUAUAUAAAAGAUCAAUUAGAUAUUGACAGAUUUCGUCUAUUAGAAAUUGAUAACCGACUUAAUUAUCCCAUUUAA